AUGGAAACUAUUGUGAACGCAAGAAAGGAAGCGAACGAGGUGAGGAAGAUGGCAAGGAACCAAGAUGCCGCGGCCGAGGAGAGGAGGGUGGCGACCGAGGAGAGGAGGGUGGCGGCCGAGGAGAGGAAGGUGGCAUUGGAAGAGAAGAAAUUGGCCAUGGAGGAGCAAACUAGGUUGUUGGAAUGGGAGAAGUACUUGUUCUUCAUGGACACAUCAACCAUCAAUGAGAAGCAAAAGGAGUACACUGAUCUUGCCCGUGAAGUAGUCUUGGUCCAAAAAAGAGCCAUGGUUAGCAUGGGCAGCAUGGGUGGCGGUGGCAUGGGCGGCAUGGGUGGCAUGGGCGGCAUGGGAGGCAUCGGUGGCUUCGGAGCUACCAUGAUCUUGCGAACACCUUCCGAGCUCCACAUGAUGGCACGCGACAAUGAAGAGGAGGAGGAAGAAUCGUCUUUGGACGAGGAUGGUGAAUCGGAGGAAGAGGAGGACGAAGAUGAGGAUGCGGCAUGA